AUGUUCCCCCUCGCCUCCCUCCUGCGCCAGGGGGCGCGCGCGGCUGCCAGCGACGCCAGGCGGUGUGCCGGAGACUUUCUAGUAGCGAGCAACGCCCUCCCCAUCACCUUGCCCAACUUUUCGCAUUCAGGAUGCAUCGCCCGAUCCGUGGACGCUCACGGCAUCAGCCUGGCCAGGCGAUUGUCCACCGCGACCGGGCAGGCAGCAUCCGGGCGGCCCGAUUUGCUGUCCAAAGGCCGCCAAACUCAAAAGAGGAAUCGAGAUUUGGGGCUGUACUUGGUGACCCUUGUGGUGGGCAUGGUGGGGGCGACCUACCUAUCGGUGCCGCUGUACCGGAUGUUCUGCCAGGCCACGGGCUUCGGGGGCACCGUGCGGGUGGGGCAGACGGUGGAGGAGAAGCUGAGGGCACGGAGGGAGAACCCGGACGCCGUGGUGGAGGCGGCAGCGGCGGCCCAGCUGCUGACCGUGUCGUUCGCCGCGAGCGUGGUGGACGGGAUGCCCUGGAAGUUCGAGCCCACGCAGAGGAGCGUGAAGGUCCGCCCCGGGCAGAGCACUUUGGCAUUCUUUCGGGCUUCCAACACCAGCGAUAGGGCUGUGACUGGUGUGUCAACAUACAAUGUGACACCCAACCAGGCUGGAUACUAUUUCAACAAAAUUCAGUGCUUCUGCUUUGAAGAACAAAAGCUUCGACCAGGGGAGGAAGUGGACAUGCCCGUCUUCUUCUACAUCGACCCUGAAUUUGCUACAGAUCCAAAAAUGAAGACCAUUGAUCACAUCACCUUGUCGUACACGUUCUUCAAGGUAAGUGAGGAUGGGGAAGAUGAGCAAGAGUAG